CACAUCAGCAAGAAAUAUGGCAACCCGGCCGGCGAAUACAAAUGUGUGAAAUAUGCGAAUUGUCAGAAGUGAGGCAGAUGAUGAUUAGUUUGUCAAAUCAAGUGUCGAAUACCAUUACUUGCAAUUUGUAGAACGUUGUAGAACUGAUUAAGUUGCGGUAGAUGUUAAUUCGUUUUACUGAUGAUUGUAAUAUUAUAUUUUUAUACUCUAAUACCCAUAGUGCCCUGGAAGGUAUGAAUUGUGAAUUAAUUAUAUUUGUGGUACAUUAGAGUCGGCUUCUUUCACAGGAAUUAAGUGCUCAAGAAACCGUAGUUUGUAGAUUUGGCCACCCGUGGGAAAACUAUUGAAUUGAAUUCACAGGUGAAAUUAUAUUGUUUAAUUUGGAUCACUUAAUAGCUAAUCGAUUGUUUUAAAUAGAAAUCUGUUUGCGAACGGUCGCUUGAACACCAAAACGGCUGGGUCAUUCACGUAUGGUCCCACUGAAUUCUUUGAAGCAUACAAUAAAGCAGCUUUCAAUAUCAGUGAAGUUACCUGGCUCGUUUAAGUUCUCGUUAGCAACAAUCUUCAAAGAAUUCACGAGAUGGAUGAUAACUCGAGUUCUCUCCACGGUACCCCAGAUCCCAACUAUACGGUGAGUUGUGUGGCUUGUGAUCGUCCUCCCACCGCCGACAAUUUCGUCUGUUGUGACCGUUGUGCGGAUUGGUGGCACAUGUCGUGCGCUGGCGUGACGGACUCCAUUGAGAACAAAGACUGGUUGUGCAACAAAUGUCUGCCAGCUCCGUCGAUUUCCAUCACUUCGACAUCUUCAACUCGUCGAGCCAGACUUCAGCUCGAGCUUCAGCGGCUAACGGAACAGCGCGAACUCGAGAAGAUGGCUCUGAACGUAGAACUGGAGAAAAAGUUCUUAGAGCAGAAGUACGCGAUGCUGGAGAAAUCUUUAAAAGAGGACGAGGACGAUCAUCGUAGUAAUCGCAGCCGCCGUAGUCGAGCGGAUGCGGAGAAGCAGAAACAGGAUAUCGAGGAUUGGGUUGAACAACAAUCGAACGGAUCCCGUAGGAAGAAUUCUGGUCAUAGUCCCUCCGUGAAAUCCGUAGUGUCCAAUUUGGAGAAGAUGGGAAGAAAGCCGCCCGUCGCUGAAAGUAAUCGGUCGGCUGAUGCUGCAGGAGCUGAAGGCAUUUCGAUGACGACGAAUAAGUUUGACAACGAUCGGUCGAAGGUCAACCGUGCUACCGGUAAUCGAUUGGUUCCACCACCGAUUAUUCCACAUUCGAUUCUACUGGCCGAGCAAAACGCUCGGAAAAUCAGGAUGAACUACUACAGCGACAGAAAGGUCAAGGCACUAACUACACGCUCGAACAGAUUACAGCUCUUCAGGAACAUUUGGCCAGAUGCAAGCUUCAACUGCUAG